GUGCUGGCGGCGGCGAUGGCGACGGUCAUGGCGGUGCUGGCGCGGCCCUUCCGCCGCGGUCCUGCCGGCCUAGGGCUGCGGCUCCGACGGGAGGCGACGGGCGGCCCGUGGGGCCGGGGCCGGACGUGGAGCGAGGUGCUUAGAAAAAGCCUUCAAAGGGGGCUUGUGCUUUCAACAGGGUCCUUUUUGGCUUACGAAGCUCAUAAGCUGAUUUUUGGCUUUGCUGAGGUUCAUGCAAGCUUCAAAGUGGAAGAAGUGAUAGAACAAGCAGACUACCUGUACGGGAGUGGAGAAACUGAAAAACUGUAUCGGUUGCUGGUUCAGCAUAAAAAUAGUGAUGAUGCGGAGUUGUUGUGGCGGCUGGCACGGGCAUCACGAGAUCUAGCUCAGCUUAGUAGUACUUCUGCAGAGGAGAAGAAACAACUGACUUAUGACUCCUUUGAGUAUGCAAAAAAGGCUCUUGAAAAAAAUGAGUCAAAUUCUGCAGCGCACAAGUGGUAUGGAAUUUGCCUCAGUGAUGUUGGAGACUAUGAAGGAAUCAAGACUAAAAUUGGAAAUGCUGUUGUUAUCAAGGAGCAUUUUCAGAGAGCCAUUGAACUAAAUCCAAAAGAUGCUACAACAAUUCAUCUCAUAGGGAUUUGGUGUUACUCCUUUGCUGAAAUGCCAUGGUACCAAAGAAAAAUUGCUGCAACGCUGUUUGCCACACCACCAACUUCCACCUUUCAAGAGGCACUACGUUACUUUCACAUGGCAGAGGAAGCUGAUCCAAAUUUCUACAGCAAAAAUUUGCUCUUUUUGGGGAAGACAUACUUGAAGUUAAACAAUAAAAAGAUGGCUCUUCUCUGGUUAAGCAAAGCAAAGGAGUAUCCUGCACAGACAGAAGAGGACAAACAGGUACAGAAAGAAGCUUUGGAGCUGCUUAAUUCUAUAUAAGAAGAAACAAGAUAAUGGGAAUUCAGUGCCUCAGAUUUGAGCAGCAUAGGAAAAAGGCCUCAAAUACUACUUUGGUUUAUUGAAGCUGUUAAUAAAAGUAUAGCCCAGA